AUGACAGAGUGUGUUAAUAAGUACCCUAUGCUCCCUGCAGGACAUCUCUCCCUAAUCUGUGCUGUGGGAAGACAGACUCAGUGGGAGCUGUGCCUGCCUCCUCCCAAAGCUCCUCCUGUCUGUAUGCACAGCCCUGCCCAAUGCACUCCCAGCAACAGCAAUAGCUAGUUGGCUGAUCAUAGUGUCUCAUCUCCUUGGUUCAUUCAGCUUUCUGCCUGGAUCGCUUCUCCUAUGGAUCUUGUGAAUUACACUGUGUGUGGAUUAGCCCAGAGGAUUUAAUGUUAUUGGGGUCUUUUUUGGAGGAUGCAUUGCAUAGUCAUAGGGUCCAGCAGCUACCCUGUGCAGCCUUGGAGCUGAUGAGCCUGGCAGCUUCUGUUAGUGAGCUGGCACUGCCAGUAACCAGGUAAGCUAACCAAAUACAGACACAGAACCCUGUCCUACCUACCUCCCCCUCCCACUGGUAAUUAAAUAUAUCAGUGUAAUAGUGAGUGCAAGAUGCGGGUUUAACUGUUGUGGUUUGUUGUCCAGCUCUAAAAAUAAUCUCUGUUUGUCUGUAACCGUUUACUGGAGUUCUUUGAUCGAUAAUCACCACCAGAUUAGCAUUGGAUAAAGACUGGCCAACCGUUGGCUCGCCAUCUGUUAUGAGCUACAGACUGCUGCCUGAGUAUGAUAGGAGCAGCAGUCCAGAGAGGUAUUAUAUCGGCGUGAUCUGUAAUCCACGCCGACUGGUUUUUGUACAUGGGUGCAGCUGGAUGAGCUUAGAAGGAGUUGCAGUCCCCAGCAGGUUGAUAACUUGUGGCCGGCUGGCCCUGCUCUAGGUGUAACUAGUGAUGUAUGUAAGUGAUCUGAGCUCAGUGCACCUGUUACCGGUCUAUGGACAGAGCGCCCCUGUCAGGUUAUUACAUGGGAUUCCAUUCCUCUGCAGCCUGGGUCAAUAUAUACAUUAGUUACAUUGUAGCGGCUGGUUUGUGGUCAUGUUGUAUCAAAUGGUGUAAAGAUUCUAAAUUAUUCUCACCAUGAGCUGUUGUUGGUUUUGGUUUUUUUUAUUUUUUUUUUGUGUGUGUUUUUUUUAUUUUAAAUAUUUAACCAAAUUGUGAGGCCCUUGCUAGUAUUAAAGAAUCAGCUAAGUGGGAGGCAGCACACCCCCUGCUACACAUGGGUCUCCUCAUUAUUUUCUUUUCUGGUUGCUAAGGGGGGGGGCUUUACUUCCGGUUUACACUGCCUAAUCCCUGCAAAUUCACAUGAGUAGUUUAGAAACAAGAUAAGAAGACAAGACAAUGGGUCUCACUGCUUGCAACACCCACUCAGCAGAGGAAACCUGCUUUUAAAUGUAAAUAAUCACUUCACUCAUCCAGAUACAACUUUUAUAUAAUUAAGGUAGCUGUCCAGCAGACACGACACGGUGGCACUUUAUGGGGCAUACAUUAUAAUCUGUACACUAGAGGGGAGAUUUAUUUAUAUAUAUAUAUAUAUAUAUAUAUAUACAAGUUGAGGCAACGCUUUAAAAUUGGAGCCAUUCAUAUGGAAACUGACUGACUAUUCCUGUUGAUUCUCCUGGUUUCUAUGGUGAUUACUCCAAUUUUAAAGCGUUUUGUUUUUUUUAUCACUCACUAUUUUUCAGUUAGUGAUACAUUUUUAAUAUUUUAUUUAAUUUUUUUAUAUAAAGCUUUCCUAUAAUUUUUACGUUUUUUUAUUAUUAUUAUUAUUAUUAUUUCUAAAGCGCUAACAAAUUACGCAGCGCUGUACAAUGGGUAGUUCGCCGUUGUUCUAUACACACUGACAGGUUUAUUUUCCAGCUUGUGAAUUUUCAGUAAUUCAAAGUGGUUCUUCACUAACUAGUUUUAGCAAGUUAAAUCCAAAUGGCAAAAAUAGAGGCUUAAAAAGGAGAUUUGAAAAAUCUCCAGCAAGGUCAGUUUGACUAUUUUAGUCUAUAUUUUGCCAUUUGGGUUUGAUUUCAUAGUGAAUAAACCCCAAAGUGAAUUUCAAAUCUUAGGCCACAAAAGCUCAUUGGGGGAAAAAAAUCAACUAGUCCACUAUUAUGGCCUAAACAAUUAUAUAUGUGAAAUUCCUGACAAUUCACGUUUUAGUGAAUAACGCUACAAGGGGUUUAUUCACUGAACUCUGAACUGUGUCAUUGAAAAUUGAAAAGCAAAAUGUAGGAUAAAACAGCUACGUUGUUACUCUAACAUUAUUGUGGAGUUAUCCAUAUAAUUUAUUUUGGCUUAAUCGCCACUGCUAUGCACUGCACCUUGGUGUUUAGUGAAUGAUCCCAUACAUUUUCUGCAAUUGCUUGUGAUCAGCACAAUCUAAUAUUUAAAGGAGCACAGCAGACACAGAGCAGUUCUGCUGAAGUCUGUAAUUGUUAUGACAAUUAAUAAAAUGGCGGAUUUCAAUAGAAAUUGGCACUUUUAUAAUUGGGGCAGAAACACCUCUCUGGCUUACAUUCCGACAGUUAGAGAAGUUCUUGUUUCAGCUUCUGUUAGCUCCACAAAGCUAACAGAAGUGACGGGCGCACUGGGCUGUGUCUGCCUUCCCCCCUUCUCAGUGAGCUGUGCUAUUGCAUAGGAAAGCUGCGACAGUGUGCGCGCGCAUGCACACUGCUUUUAAAUGUGAAGCCUCUGACUGUCCAAUUCCAUAGCACAGAAUGAAAGUCUAUGCCUUGGAAAGAGGGAAGGGCUUGCAAAGGCUGCAGACAGCAGGUCUGUCACUUUUUCCACAGCGCUGUUACAGUAUACCACUGAUUAUGAGCAGCUAUAUGAAUGUGAUCUUGUUCACACCUAUUAAAAUGGCAUGGUGACCCCCUUCUGGGUCCCUGCCCACGAACCAUUGCCCAUAGACACCUGGAAAAGAAAAUGUUUGUAUGUGUAUUUUAGUUUAAUAAACACAAAUAUAAUUACAUUGAUCUAUUUUUACUAAAAAGAACAUUUUACGUUAAUCUCCAUUCAAAUAUAAAAAUAGCAUGAUUGUUAUUUUUGCGAAGGUGGACACCCUAGUUAAACAGCUGGGAAAGGUACUCUUUUGUACAACUUAUUGGAGUGAUGUAGAAAUUAAUAAGACAAAAAAGUUUAUAAUUUACUUUCACGACUGAAAUAAACUGCUUGGGGUUUAUCCACUAACUUGUGAAUUAAGAACUAAAUAUGCAAAUUUUUGUCAAAAUAGAUUAAAUUAUAGCUUAAUUACAGAUUUUUAUAUUCCAGCUAUUUGCCACAGAUUGUGGAAAUUCUUGUUUUCCGUUCCUUGUUUAGUGUAUGAUCUCCUAACAAAUUAAUGGAAUGUCUACACUUUGUAAUAUAAUAACAGCGAUGGCUAAUCUUAGUUGAGAUCCUUCUGAACUCCAUUUUCUAGAGGUUCACCCAAUCUGAGGGUAUUGAGGGCAGUAAAGGUUAGUCUUGGUCCUUAAUGAGUUAAAUCCCUUCUCCCAGAGAGAGAGCUCCUUUAAGUGGCAAUGUUUAUAUGCAAAUAAGAGGUGCAUUAGGGAAGAAAACCAAAAUGUUAUUCCUUGCUCUGUGUUUAGGCCUGGUAAAACCGCAUUUGUGUCCUUCAAACCAUUAGCAGUUGAUUCUUGAUAAUGUGCAUUACCCAGCAACCAUUCUUUAAUGAAUAACUCCCCUUGGCUUGUAAAUAAUCAGCGUACUCAUGGCACUGACCACCCCCUCCUCCUCCAGUGUCAUUGUACUUGAGCCUAGUUUGUUCUGGCACAGACAUUGUGUUUCCAACAGCAAAACAAAUAUCGGAGUGUGUUUUUAUUUUCUUUUUUAUAUUCCAUCUAGUGCACCCCUCAUGUGCACAAGACCAUUUUUAUUUUUUAAAUUUUUUAUUUUUAUUUUAGUGUAUCGGACUGCAAAUAAUGUAGAGCUCUGUUCGUUUGAUGGGGGGGAAAAAAAGUCGGGUCUGAUUUGAAUUCACUUUGCAUAAUGUUUGCAUUUGAAACAUCCAAAAUUGUAUCCUGAUAUUUAUAUCAACCUAUUUAAAAUAUUAUACUUUGCUAUCUCUAAAACACUGUGCAAGACAUGUAUCCUUGUAUAUCCUGCUUGAUUUGAUCUUGUAAAAACAUUUUGAGUCUUGUAUUGGAUUUAAAAAUGUGUGUGUGUGUGUGUGUGUGUGUGUGUUGACCAACAAAACAAUUUUCUUUUCUUUUAUCAAUAUUUUCCUACUGAGCAUCCCCCCCUUUCUCCAAAUGUGGCCUAACUGUGGUAAGAUUAGUCUUCAGAAGACAAACCUAUUAUUAACUGGUUUUGGAGUUGAUUCUCUUAGUAUCGUGUGACAAGCAUUUUUUUUCCCCUCUUUCUGUCAAUUAAAAGUUCCUCUUAAAAAAAAAAAAAAGCACAAAAAUCUUUCACCUACCCUAUACCACCUCCUCCUUCACAUGAUUGUACUGAGGGAAAAAAAAAGACUUACUAAAUGCUGGCUUUGUUUUGCAGGGGCAAGCAGAGGACUGCACCAGGGAGCUUCAUGCAGACAAUAGAUGUGAAAAAAAAAAUCUCAAAAGGCAUUAGAUGACAGUUUGGUUCUUGAGACAACGUAUUAACAGAGCACUGUGGUUCUAAACCAUAGAAGUCCUAAUCCCAAUGCUCCCAUGGUUGAGACUAUGACGUCUCCCGCCAAUGUCUGUGGGAACAGCACUAUAGUCACCUCUCAAUCAAGAGAUAAGAGUGUCUCAAGAACAGUAUCUGAAGGGAAUUAUUACAAUGGGGCAGAUGGCAGCAGUGAGAAAAUAGAGGACGAAGAAAAGUUAAAUUCCUCUAAGUUGACACACUGUUUGGCCCCACCAAAACAGCGAGCAAGCGCCAGUAAUGAAAGGCCUCAUUCUAUGGUCAGUACGAGCAACUCAUCAACAUGGAAUGCUUUAUCCUCCUUGAGAAAGAUGGGUUCUUUCAAAAAAUUAAAAUCAUCGGUUCUUCAAGGAAUUCAGGCAAAAGAAAAUGCAAAUAAUUUAAACAAUCAAGAGUCCGGAGGAGAUCUAAAGAGGUGCUCCCCUAAUGAUGGAGGUGGAAGUUAUCAAAUGCCCUGUAGGUUAGUUAAUGCAAGGCCCAUGCAAGAAUGUUAUAACGUGAUGGAUGGUCUGCAGUCAGAUGGGUCGGACAUAGAGGAAACUGAUAACACCUUUUUGAGAAGUACUCAUCGAUCACGGAGCAUUAGACGUGCAUACGGUGCAGGUCGUAUAAACCUACUAGAUGAUGAUAAAGUACGUUCUUGUCGUAGCCCUCAGGCCCUAUCUCCUGCUAGGCAAGAACAAAGCAUCUGCAAAAUCAUAGUGAAGGAUUCAGAAAGUAACCGAAUUGUUUACAGAAGGAGUAAAAGCACAGACAACCUGAACUUCCUCAAAAAAAGCUCAUUCAAAAGGAAAUCAACAUCUAAUCUUUCAGAUGUAAAAUCCAACAGUGAAAGAGAAAUUCUACAAAAGUCCAUGCUAAGCACUUCAGCCGAUUCUGAGCGUUUGGGAGGAACUCCGGAAAGAAGUUCAAAACGUUGGAGGAGUCCUAUUAGAGCAAAAGAUUUUGACCGAGUAUUAAAAAUUAUGGGCAAUGUCACAGAUGGCAAUCGGAAAAAAGAGCCAAAUAAGAGCACUUCUUUAUCAGCUGAUGGAACCCAUGGGAGUAGGCCUAACAGUCGAAUUACAUGA